AUGGCGGGUAAUUUUUGGCAAAGUUCACAUCAUCAGCAGUGGCUGUUAGACAAGCAAGACCUUAUUCGCGAUCGCCAACAUGACUUAUCAAAACUAACAGAAGAAGAAUACCAAAAAAUAUUUAAUUUUUUCGCAAGUAUUAUCCAAGUUUUAGGGGAACAACUCAAACUUCGCCAGCAAGUGAUAGCCACAGCCACUGUUUACUUUAAAAGAUUUUACGCAAGAAAUUCUCUGAAGUGCAUAGAUCCCUUGCUUUUAGCCCCUACAUGUGUGUUUCUAGCAUCUAAAGUUGAGGAAUUUGGUGUUAUUUCUAACUCACGAUUAAUAACAACAUGCCAAACAGUAAUUAAAAAUAAAUUCAGUUAUGCAUAUGGACAGCAAGAGUUUCCUUAUAGAACUAAUCAUAUCCUAGAAUGUGAAUUUUAUUUGUUAGAGAACUUGGAUUGUUGCUUGAUUGUCUACCAACCAUACAGACCAUUGUUGCUGUUUGUACAAGAUAUAGGUCAAGAUGAUCAACUAUCAACAUAUGCUUGGAGAGUUGUCAAUGAUUCCCUUCGCACCGAUGUUAGUUUGCUAUAUCCACCAUACCAGAUUGCCAUUGGUGCAUUACAUAUCGCUUGUGUUAUGCUUGGUAAAGAAAAUUUAAAGCCUUGGUUUGCAGAACUUAAUGUAGAUAUGGACAAGAUACAAGAAAUAGUAAGAGCUAUAAUUAAUUUAUAUGAAAUGUGGAAAAACUAUGAUGAGAAAAAGGAAAUUCAAGCUCUCCUUGGAAAAAUGCCAAAACCAUCUCCUGCUCCACAGAGAUAA